AACCGUGUCGCACUACCCCUGACUGCUUUAACGCUCCGUGCGAUCGCGCUCGAGUUGCGCGUUGAAUCGCGCGGAGAUCGAAAGGACGAGCGUGUCGUUAGCGAUUCUUAUCUAAUUAAGCGAUCUGCUUCGUUUUUGUUUUUAAUAUAAUUUUUAACAACAAUAAUUUCCAAUAAUUAAAAAACGUAAUAAGAGACCGGCUAUAAUUAUGGGGACGAUCUUCCGAUCUUGCGAGAACGGUGAAAACGAUCUCGGUUCGCGGUAAUGUGAAAAGCGAGGACACAUCAAUACGAGCGGCAGUGACGGCAUUAUGCCAACGAUCGGUGUGAUCCCGCGGGUGUUUCACUCACCGGAAGGGCCGCGAAUAGAGAGCGAUCAUUCGGAUCGGACGGUAGUGGGCAGGUCGCUAUCGGGCGCGGAACGGCGUGGCGCGUGAAUUAGAUCUCGGGAGAUGUGCGCGAAGUGAAAGAUGGCCCCGUUCCACGGCAUGGCCUUGCUGCUCCUGGGAAUCGGAUACCUGUUACACGCGGAACCACUUCACAGCGAACGCGGCAUCGCACUCUUUCAUCUCAACGACGACACGUUCGGCAAAGGGGAAAAGUCGCAGCGCGGCCCAAAGAAGACCUAUUUUUUCAAAGACACGCCGCAAAAAUUAACGGUGGCCAUAGGGCAGGCCGCCGUUCUAUUAUGUCGUGUUAAAAAUCUAGGAAACAGAACUGUAUCUUGGAUCCGAAAAAGGGACCUACACAUCCUGACGUCCAUGUCGGUGACUUACACGAGCGACGCAAGAUUUACGGUAGUCGGCAAUCCGGAGACCGACGACUGGAAUCUGCGAAUAGAUUACGUGCAACCGCGGGACGCCGGCAUUUACGAGUGUCAGGUUAAUACAGAACCGAAGAUAUAUAGUGCCGUGACACUGAAGGUUUUGGAUAUACAGGCGAGCAUCACGCCUUCCCGGGAGUUGUUCAUCAAGACGGGCAGCACAAUCAGCUUGACCUGCGUUAUAGAGCUACAGGAUCUGCCUCCGAGCAAUGUGACCUGGUACCAUUCCGGCGCGGUGAUCGAUUUCGAUGGUCCAAGGGGUGGCGUAUCGCUGGAGACGGAGAAGGGUAAGAGUGGUACCACCAGCAAGCUCCUAAUAACGCGUGCUCAAAUUGAGGAUAGCGGUAAUUAUACAUGCGCUUCGAACAAAGUCACCCCGGCGAGCAUCAUGGUGCACGUGCUAAACGGGGAGCAUCCAGCUGCGAUGCAACACGGCGGCACCGGUGAUGUAAAUAGGAGACUUGUUCUACUCGUCCUGAUUUUCCUCGUCGAUACGAUGUUCCGGUGAGCGACAUGC